AUGGCAUCCACCACGACGACGUCCACCGUCUCCUCCGACACACGCCUCCCCUCCAGCCUUCAAUCCCUCCUUCUUUCACAGGUCCAGCAGCAGCAUCAGCAGCCCUCCAGGCUGGACCGCAUCCUCAACGCCAUCUUCGACACCUCCUGUCUCGCUUUCGUCACCGAGAAGGAAUUUCGCAUCGAAGCCGAACUAGAUGACCACGACAGAGUAACGCUUUUCGUUCAAGCUGUAGCGGGCAUGGCGGUGAUUUUUGAGAGGCUUUCGAAGGCUGCUGCUACUGCUGCUUCCUCUUCUUCUCCUUCAUCCGGGAACUCUAACUCCAGCUCUGGUGGGGAUUCGAUGAUGACCUGUCUGCUCUCACGCGAACUGCAGCUCUUCGCCGACAGCGAGCAACGCAAGACGAUGCUACAUCGCAUUGGCAAGACGACACUGUUGAGUCAUUGUUAUACCAAGGAUGAGCUGGUGAGGUUUGUGGUAGCGACCUUGGAGGAUCGCGGCGUGCUGGGCCAGAGACACGAGGACGGGGGUCUGCCGUUGAAUGCGGUGGGCGAGGAUUUGUUGAGUGAGAAUGUGGCGUGGGUUAGUGAUCGGAGUUGUAAGAAUAUGGGGCUGCCGUGGGGGUUUACGAUUAUGGCGCUGAACUGA